AUGGCUUGGGAAACGUACGAUGUUAGUCAAUCGUUUGUUGAAAGAAAUAUCGGUUUAUGGCGGCAUGGCUUUCAUGUGCUUAGUGGUGCUCCGAGUCUUAUCCUUGCCGCGAUCCGUUAUAUCCAAGACAUCGGUACCUACAGCUCAGAUGCAGGCUUUGGUGGUUCCAAAGGAUAUGUCAUCUGCAAUAGCAAUGAUUCUUUUCGCACGAACCCUAUGGAAGACUUUACGAUUGAAUCUGCAUUUGCUAAAACUCUGAUCAAAAGCCUUGCAGUCUAUGACUCAAUUGUGUCACAAAUGAAGGCUGUCUCAACUGGUGCCACGGAAUUGAGGAAGGUCUUCACUUCUGAACAAUUACCAGACAUUUUCAGAUCUUACAUGGUCGUCUUGAAGAAGGCCUACAUCAUUGGAAUUGCAGUGGUAGGUAUGAUGUUCUUUGUGGUCUUCAGUAAUAAAUGCCACAACUUGAAGGGAAUUACUACUGCUAAGACUGCAAAGGAGAAAGGAGAAAUUGAGAAUGAGAAUAGCGAAUUUGAGGAGAGACGGGAAGUUUAA